AUGAACGAUAUUAGCAAUUCAAAAACGUAUAAAAGGAGGAGAUCAGCAAGCGAUCAUGAGAGGAUGGCCGGAGAAGAAGACUACGACGUCGUUUUGUGUCUCGCCAUUCUCAGUGCCGAGGGCCUCGACAGCCCGAGUAGCCAUCCUUCCGUUGGUAAAAGGAUUUAUCGCGUUGUAUACUGGGUUGAGCCGGAAUACAAGUUCUGCACGUUGGAGGCUCUAGGAUUACUGAAUCCGGUUUGGGAGGAGCAAAGGCGCAUUGUACUAGGCGUGCCGGGAAAGUAUCGUGAGUUCUUGAACUUGGAGGUGGUUAGGGUUUGUUCCAAGGCAGACCCAGGUACCUCUUCUGGUGUAGUUGUGGUGGGCAGAGCUCAGAUUCCCUUACCAUGGAAGCUAUACAAGAACAAAUCUGGGCGCUUUGGACUCGUUAGAGUUGAAGGGCUAGGGUUAAAAGCUGAAGGGCAUAUUGCAUUGUCCAUGGAACUGAAGAAGAUUAGAAGAAACGAGAUUAAUUAG